AUGGCUGACUGGAAAGACUCAAACACGCAUCUGCGCAUCCUUCGCGAUGCCGAAGCUGGUGGAUACGGUGUGAUGGCUACAAUCUCAUACAACAUCGAGCAAGUGAAGGGGAUGGUCAAGGCUGCGGAGAUCGCACGCUCUCCCCUGAUCCUCCAGUUCUUUCCAUGGGUUAUCUCAACUUACGACGGCCUUCUCGUGCGCGCCGCUGCCGAAGAGGCGAAACGCGCCAGCGUCCCAAUCUCCAUCCAUCUCGACCACGCCCAAUCGGAGGAACUUAUCGAGCGAGCCGCCGAGUUACCGUUUGACAGCAUCAUGGUCGAUAUGUCGCAUUUCGAAAAGGAGGAUAACUUGCGUAAAACCGCUCACUGGGUGCGACACUGCAACGAGCGACACAUUGUCACGGAAGCGGAGCCGGGUCGGAUCGAGGGUGGAGAAGACGGCGUGAUGGACACAGCUGGGUUAGAAGCUCGCUUUACCACGGCAGAGGAGGUUGACGAGUUUGUUGCGACGGGAGUCGAUACUUUGGCUCCUUCAUUUGGUAACGUGCAUGGUGAAUAUGGCCCGCAGGGGCCUAGGCUGGAUUUCGAUAGGUUCGCAAAGGUCAAGGAGCGCGCGAAUGGUAGGGUACGGCUGGCGGUGCACGGAACGAAUGGAUUCCCACCUGAGCUAAUGCAGCAAUGCAUUGCUGCCGGUUGCCGCAAGAUCAACGUCAACAGGUGUGUCCUAGAUGAUUACUACGAGCAUCUCCAUGCGAAUGCCGGAAAAAUGCCGCAUACCCGGCUUAUAGAGGAGGGUAUCGAGAAGGUGACCCAGGCGACGAUAAAAUGGAUGGAAAUCAUCGGUUCCGCGGGGAAAGCAUAG